AAGAAGAAGAAGGUCCAGCUUAAGUUCUCCAUCGACUGCUCCAAGCCCGUCGAGGAUAGCAUCAUGAAUGUGACCGACUUCGAAACCUUCCUUAAGGAGCGCAUUAAGGUCAACGGAAAGACCAACAACUUGGGCAGCUCGGUCACCGUCGAGCGCAACAAGUCCAAGAUUUUGAUCAACGCCAACAUCCUCUUCUCUAAGCGCUACCUGAAGUACUUGACAAAGAAGUACUUGAAGAAGAACAAUCUGCGAGAUUGGAUCCGCGUUGUGGCCACCUCGAAGGAGGCCUUCGAACUCCGCUACUUCCAGAUCAACAAUGAGGAUAAUGAGGAAGAAGAGGAGAACGAAUAA